CUGGGGGUGCUGUGGGGGGCUGUGGUCCCUGUCCCGCCGCAGUGGCAGGGGGGUGCCGGCGAGGGGGGGGGUUGUUUACAGGAAACCCUUUGGCUCUGGCCGUGUCUCCGGCACCGGAUUGCCGGGACCUCCCGGUUCCGCUCGGCUCGGUGAGGCGACGGGCAGAAGCCGCCUCAUUUCCCCUUCCCUUCCCGGCCAAGCCCAGGAAGCCCCCGGCGCCUUGGCACAACCCUGCCGUGUCCCCCCGGGACCCCCCAGGCCAGCACCCACGAGCCCCCACCCCAUCCCCCGCCAUCCUAUCCCAUCCUUCCCUGAUGCAUCGCUGGGAUCCCACGUGCCCAAGUCGAGGGCACAAAGCCAAGCGGCUGAUUUUGGGAAUGGGAGUGGGAUCCGGAGCCAAACCAGGCGUGGGCUUUGCCCCAGGUGGGCACAAGCCCUAGCAGGAGAGCCCGGACCCCCUCGGUGCCAGUGCGGUGCCGGGUGGGCCAGGGUCACGCCAGGCCACGCGGGCACUCACAUGCCAAAGCCUGCCAGCUCCUGCCCCGCUCCUGGGAGGGCAUUCCCCUUGGGAAAUGAGCCGGGACGCAUCCCCAUCCCAUCCCAUCCCAACAGACAUUUCCACAGCUGGAGCUGGCACCGCCCAGGAGCUGGAUGCCCCUCCGCGGGGAACGAUGCCACCCGGGACCCCCUUGGUAUGGCAGGGUGGCAGCGGGAGCGUGGCGACAGCCCCGGCGGGCUCCGUGCUUCCAUAGCCCUGGCACGGUGCCCGCCUGGGACUCUGCCCAGCCGGAAAGCCCUGUGCCACCCGGCUGUCCCCCCCCGCCUCCGGCACCUCCCAGACAAUUGUCCCCCCGCGGCGCCCGCUUGUCCCUGCUGCCACCGCCUCCCUCCUCGCAGCGCUGCAGCGAUCCCGAAAAGCUCAUUUUUUGACACAAAUUGUGCAGCCUUUGAGUUUGGACUGCCGAGGGCACGGCGAGUCCUUCUCGCCGCGGGGACGGGGACACGGCGCUGGUGUGUCCUCCCCUGCCCGGGGAAACUGAGGCUGGGGUGCCCGGGGAGGGGGUGGGCAGAGCCUGGCAUGUGGGGCAGAAGAAAGGAGCCUUUGUGUGGGGUGGGCUGGGGGUGCGGGGGGGCUCCGGGCCCCGCUCCAGGCCAGCCGGGCGCCAGCGCCAUGCCGGGAAUGCAGCAGGAAUGUGGGGCCCCAGCUCCCCCCACGUGUCAGAGCAAGGCUCCCCACAGGCACCCCAAAAACUGGCAUGGGCAUCUCCAAGGGUGACAAUUUGGGUGGCAGUACCCCCAUGGUGUCCCUGCAGAAGAGCUGGUGACAUCGGUGGUUUCCCUUCCAGCAACUGGUGCUCCUACACGGUGACACGGACGGUGUCAUGCCACGUCCAGAACGGGACCUUCCUGCAGAGGGUGUUCCAGGGCUGCCGCUGGCCCCUGGCCUGCAGCGGGGGCAGCUACCGCGCCGUGAUCCGGCCCCUCUACAGAGUGACCUAUAGGACACUGACGGCGCUGGAAUGGCGCUGCUGCCCCGGACACACCGGAGCCAACUGCGAGGAAGAGGCUCACACCUUGCUCACCCUGCGGGGCCCCGGGCGCCCCAGCACCGCCCUGCGCCGGCCCCCCCUGCACCCCACGGCCUUCUCAGGGUGCCUGAACUGCAGCCGUGUCGGGGAGCUGACAGCCCGGCUCGCCACCCUCGAGGCGCAGGUGGCCCGGCUGGCAGCGGCCGAGCCCCCCACCCCAGCAGCAGCCAAAGGCAGCACCCCGGGCAGGGGUCCCGAGGCCGGGCAGCUCUGGGGGUCCCCGGCCGCCCGCGGGAGCCCUGGGGAUGACGGGAGAUCCGGCUGGAGGGGCCCCCCCGGCCCCAAGGGCGACGUGGGAGGACGGGGACCCUCGGGAAUUCCUGGAGUGAAGGGUCCAGUAGGGCCACCAGGUCCCCCCGGCCCCCCAGGACCACCCGGCCGGGAUGGAGCCAGGGGGCUCCCCGGAGAGAAGGGGUUACCCGGGCCCCCCGGCCCCCCGGGCCCCCCUGCCCCUGUGGGGCCGGCGAUUCCCCGACUGGCUGAGCCCAGGGACUCUGUCCUCUCCAACACCUUCACCGAAGCCACCAGGAGCAUCGUGGGUCCCAUGGGACCCCCCGGACCCGUGGGGCCAAUGGGUCCCCCUGGCCCCCCAGGUCCCACUGGUCCCCCCGGCCCCCCAGGACCCGAUGGCAGAGCAGGAGCACCCGGAGCUGCCGGGCCCCCCGGGGAGAAGGGGGACAGGGGUCCCCAGGGCCACCCGGGCAGCCGCGGGCAGGACGGGGCUCAGGGCGAGCCGGGCCCCCGGGGUGAGCCGGGCGAGAGGGGCACGUGGGGGGAGGGUUUGCACCAGCUCCGCGAGGCGCUGAAGAUUUUAGCGGAGAGGGUUUUAAUCUUGGAAACAAUGAUUGGGCUCUACGAGCCAGAGCCCGGCUCGGGCAGCGGUGCCACCAGCACGGCGACCCCCGGGGUGCCCCGUGGCAAGCGUGGCAGUGGCCAGCCCCCCUACCGCAUCGUCACCGCGCCCCGCCGGGCCCGCCCAGAGCCGUGACAGAACCGGGGGCGUCACCCGGGUCACCCCCGCCGUGCCACCCUGGGGAGCAGGAUGGGGUCACCCCCCGUCCCCCUCUUGGUGCUACUGGUGGCACCGCCCCCCCCGCUUCGCCCCCAUCGCCGCUGCUUGAGCCCCCGGCAGGGCGAGGGGUGUCCCCAACCCCAUUGCUGUCCCCUCCCUCUCCAAGGUGCAGCUCCGAGGGGAUGGAUUUUGGCUCGUCCCAUCCCCAUCGGGCACCCCAGGCUGGGGGUGGGGGAUUGGGGGGGCUGGAGGAGGGGACCCCCCCCGGGUGGGGACCCCGCUGCGCCACACGCUUCGCUGCUUUGGGACCCGCGAGGUCAUUAAAUGUCCCCAAAUCCG